GGGAACAGGAAAUGGGAUUGGGUCGAGUUCCGGGCGCCCCAAGGAAGCUGAGAAUUGCAGAGCGCGACCACUGGAAUUGGUGAGGCAGAGCUGCGAUGUUCCGGAUCGAGGGCCUCGCGCCGAAGCUGGACCCUGAGGAGAUGAAACGGAAGAUGCGUGAGGAUGUGAUCUCCUCCAUACGGAACUUCCUCAUCUAUGUGGCCCUGCUGCGAGUCACUCCUUUUAUCUUAAAGAAAUUGGACAGCAUAUGAAGAGUGGGCAUCACGUGUGAACGCAUGAUGUGAAGAGCCUGGUUACAGUUUCUACUCUUGUCUGCAGAUGCAUAAGCCCAGAGAGAUGUAAGAGACUCUUUGAAUGGACAUAAACAUUCUGCUUGUUAAGAACAAGUUUGGCUUUGGUAACUGACGUUUAGAGCUAAAAGAUAAAGCCAUUUGGGAAUUAGGAAAAGAUGUUUUGUGGUCAUAGUACACCCUUUUUGCCUGUGAUAAUCAGCCUUCAUGAAUGUUGAUAUAAUUGUAAAUGAUGUCAAACUCCAUUUUCUAGCAAGUGUUAAUUAUAAGAGAAUUAUAUCUGCA